AUGGCGGCCAACAACGAUAGCCCACGACCACGCCGCCUCUUCCUGACGGACAAAAAGACAAAGACACGAUACCUGAUAGACACCGGGUCGGAUAUAAGCGUCUACCCACACCAGCGAGGAAGAAGGAAUCAAAAGGAAAAAUACAAACUCUACGCAGCCAACGGAUCCGCAAUAGCAACCUAUGGGAGCACGAACCUCCAGCCCGAUUUCGGACUUAGACGAGAUUUUCCAUGGAGAUUCAUCAUAGCGGACGUCACGACGCCAAUCAUAGGCUCCGAUUUCCUGGCAUACUAUCACUUAUUACCAGACGUCAGAAGAGGAUGCCUGGUCGACGGGCAGACAGGCCUGCGAGCAAAAGGGCGCACCCAAGAGCAGCACACUUCUUCAAUAAAAGCAAUCAACGAAGAGUCGCCUUACCACCACAUAUUAAAAGAGUUUCCCGUCAUCACACGGCAAUCGGGAACAGCGAAGUGCUCGUACAAUACCGUGCAUUACAUAAACACCACGCCAGGCCCGCCGGAGGCCUGCCGACCGAGACGCCUGGCACCAGACAAGUUGAAAGCAGCAAAAAUAGAGUUCGAACUACUACUACGAGAAGGAAUAAUCCGGCCUUCAAAGAGCCCAUGGGCAUCACCACUACAUAUGGUCCCCAAGAAAGCGGAAGCAAUGGAGAGCGUGCGGAGACUACCGCCCUGUAAAUAG